AUGCAGAAUACACAGAGCUUAUAUAUCUGCCUUCUCUGGUUGGUUACAGGAGGCAUAACACUGUGCUUGGCAGGAAGGCAAAAUAUACUAAUGGAUGGACAAACAUUGACUCUGACCUGCCCGAUAAAUACGACAUAUACAGGUGUGGAAUGGAGAAACCCACUUGGCCAUAACAUGUUCCUUAACAAGGAAAAUGACAAUAGGAUCAAGUUUGUGUCUUCAACAAGGGAAGAAUUUGCAGUACAAAUAUCUAAUGUCACCUUUACGGAUGAAGGUGUUUACAGGUGUCUAAUUUACAGCAACACAAGAGUUUUAAGGAAACGAAUUAGAGUAAUUGUUCUAAGUGCUCCAAAGCUGGAAAAAGAGGAACAUAUGGAUAAAACAGUGGUUAAAUGUUCAACUUCAGCAAAUAGCAGUGGAAUCAGACUGUCAUGGUUGAUGGACAAAGACCUAGAAGUUGAGGCUCUUCACACAACCUAUGUGCCAGACAAUGGAACAAAGCACACUGCUAUCAGUCACCUGCAUGUGAAGACACAUCGGAGAGUAACUACAGUAAAGUGCUUGGUCAGAUAUCCAAGCCUGCAUGGUUUCACACUGAAUGCCUCCAUCAACCUGGAAAACUAUGAUAUUGAUGAAUCUCCCACAUCUGCAUAUCCCAGUUAUACAAUUAAAUCAACAAAGGUGCUGAUCACUCAUAAACCCUCCACUUAUUUAGGCAGCACAAGUGAGAAAGCAUCACCUACACCAGAAAAUCCUCUUACAACAUUAAGAUCAACAGAGACACCGGUUAUUUCAACACUACUUCCACAUUUUAGCAGUACAACAUACACUAUUGGUCAUUCAGAUACAGAAACCCCAAACACCCAAGAGACUGAAGUACACACUGCUGUGUACAAUGACACAAACGUAUAUGACACCACUGAAUCGUCUGGAACAACAGAGGUUACAAAUGCCUACACAAUCUCAUCAAACAGUACUGCAGGUAAUGAAACAUCAUUCACAUCAGAAUCCCAGUAUCCCAGUACCACAGUUGAAUCAACAAAUACAUCAGGACAUCUGACACUUAGCCCAACUCCGAACAAUACGAUAUAUAACUCCACUGACUCCAUAUCUGGAAUAACUACAGAUGUCACAUCAUUAAAUGUCAGCACAAGCUCAUCAAACACUUCAGUAAUAAAAAAUGGGAACGGAAAUGAGCACAGAAGAAGUGAAAAUGGAAACUCUGUGUUGCUUGUGCUGCUGGUCACAUGCCUCAUCAUCUGCCUGAUCAUAGUACUGGCUUUCUUUUUGCUUCGCCUUAGGAAAGCACACAAUACUUGGAAAAAAGAGAAUGAAGACUUCGAUCAGUCAGUGGAGAGCAGCAAAUCAAAGUCCAGCAAUGAAGAAAAGCAGAAACAAAACCAGCAACGAAAAGGACCAGGUAUUUGGAAUGUCAGUUUCACAAAGUACAAAGAGGACCCAGUAGAGAAUGGAGCCGGGGCGACAGCUGCUUCUGUAGAUGUCAUUAAUGAAAAGCCAGAACACUUAAAUGGUAGUAUAACCAAACCCAACAUUAAAGAGACAGAACUGUGAAUUAUUCUACAGUUUAAUCUCAAAAUGAUGGAAGCCCAUAGGUGCUUGAAUGUUUAAAUUGUAAAAUAGAUUGUAUUUGUAUGCACAUUUUAUGUUUGCAUUUUUUUUUGUAAAAAAA